UUGCGCGCCAAGUCAGUGGAAAAGGAGGCGACUGUCGCGCAGAGGCAUAAACAGCGCAGAUCACGUUCCGAGUUUCUUGCUCUCUCUCUCUCUCUCUCUCCAAUAUCUCUGGAUUCUUUUAUUCCCACCGACUCUGACCAUUCAAUUUCAAUACGUUACAUUGGAAACUAAGCCACGCCUCUCUCUCUCUCUGUUAAGCUUUUGCCGAUUCAUAAAUAUUUGCCGUAAUCGUUGGGCACCUCUACAACUCAGGCGGCGAUACACAGACCUGCUUUUGCAGCAAACAAAAUGGCAACCCGCAGUUUCUACACCAGAGUUUCCAGACUUUUCCAGGACCAUCCUUCCUUCUCUAGGCUCCUUGUUCUUGUCACCAUCAGUGGGGGUAGCCUUGUAGCAUAUGCUGAUGCUAGUCCAAUAAAUGUUGCACCCAGCACCAGCAUUGCAUCAUUUAAAGCGGACGUCGAUGAAAAAAAGAAGAAGGUGGUAGUACUUGGAACUGGUUGGGCCGGAACAAGUUUCUUGAAGAACAUUAAAGAUGCCUCAUAUGAGAUUCAAGUGAUAUCCCCUCGUAAUUACUUUGCAUUCACCCCAUUAUUGCCAAGUGUUACAUGUGGUACAGUGGAAGCCCGCAGCAUUGUUGAACCGAUUCGCAACAUUGUGAGGAAGAAAGGGGUAGACAUCAUAUUCAAUGAAGCGGAAUGUUACAAGAUUGAUGCUGAAAAUAGAAAGCUCUAUUGUCGAUCUAAUGCAAAUAACAAUCUGAAUGGGAAAAAGGAAUUUGUUGUGGACUACGACUACCUAGUGAUAGCUGUGGGAGCACAAGUUAAUACUUUCAAUACUCCUGGUGUCGUGGAGAAUUGCCACUUCUUGAAGGAAGUGGAAGAUGCUCAGAGAAUACGAAGAACUGUAAUUGAUUGCUUUGAGAGGGCAAGUCUACCUACCCUUAAUGAAGAAGAUAGAAAGAGAAUUCUUCACUUUGCUGUUGUUGGUGGUGGCCCAACUGGUGUGGAAUUCGCUGCAGAACUUCAUGAUUUUGUCAAUGAAGACUUGGUCAAAUUAUAUCCUGGACUAAAAGAUUUUGUAAAAAUUACUCUUCUCGAGGCAGGGGAUCAUAUUUUGAACAUGUUCGACAAAAGAAUUACAACUUUUGCUGAAGAAAAAUUCCGAAGAGAUGGUAUUGAUGUUAAGACAGGAUCAAUUGUGAUCAAGGUAACUGAUAAAGAGAUUUCUACCAAAGAAAUGAAGAGUGGAGAAGUAUCUUCCAUGCCCUAUGGCAUGACAGUAUGGUCAACCGGUAUUGGAACUCGUCCAAUCAUAAAGGACUUUAUGACACAGAUUGGUCAGGUUAACAGGCGUGCUUUAGCAACCGAUGAAUGGCUUCGAGUUGAGGGAUGUGACAAUGUAUAUGCAAUUGGUGAUAGUGCCACCAUAAAUCAGCGAAGAGUCAUGGAAGAUAUUGCAGCAAUUUUUAGCAAGGCAGACAAAGACAAUUCUGGGACACUAACUGUAAAAGAAUUUCAAGAAGUCAUUAAUGACAUAUGUGAAAGAUAUCCCCAGGUGGAGCUGUAUUUGAAGAAUAAGCAGAUGCACAACAUCGUUGAUCUUUUGAAAGGAUCCAAAGGGGAUGUGGCAAAGGAGUCCAUCGAAUUAAACAUUGAAGAGUUUAAAUUAGCUCUUUCCCAAGUCGAUUCUCAAAUGAAAAAUCUUCCUGCCACCGCACAGGUGGCUGCCCAGCAAGGUGCAUAUCUUGCCAAAUGUUUUAACCGCAUGGAAGAGUGCGAACAAAAUCCUGAAGGUCCUCUUAGGUUUAGGGGAACAGGACGCCACCGUUUUCGGCCCUUUAGGUACAAACAUCUUGGACAAUUUGCACCGUUGGGAGGAGAACAAACGGCUGCACAACUUCCUGGGGAUUGGGUGUCCAUUGGCCACAGCUCUCAGUGGCUCUGGUACUCUGUCUAUGCAAGUAAGCAAGUUAGUUGGCGGACAAGGGCAUUAGUGGUUACAGAUUGGACGAGACGUUUCGUUUUUGGCAGGGAUUCGAGUCGCAUAUGAAUCAACCCAAGACCGGGAGUUGGUAUUUUAGUUUGAAGAUGAAGGAUGGUUGGCUGCUCAAGUUUAAAGCAAGUGCAGCAUUGCGAGUUAAUGAUACACACAAAGUUUAGUUUACUUUAUUCAUCAAGGAAAAUACAUAAAUCUCGGCAGAGUGACCAAUAUAGUUGGUACAAUAAUUUUGGUCAUAUUCGUCCGAUGAAUUUGUUAGUUCAUUGUGGUCAGCAGUGAGCUUUUUUGUCAAUGCUUCUUCCCCCUCCUCCGCGGCUUAAGAUGUGAAUUCUUGUUUUGAGUUUGAGCAUAUUAUGAUUUAUUGAUACAAAGGCCAGAGUUGAUGCAAAUUUAUCUCUCUCCCGAUAAUUAUGAUAUUGUUCUCAACCUAUCAAGUUUAGUACGACCUCCAAGCAAAGGUUGUUGGCUAAAUAAAUGUUUAUAAAAUUAAUCUCAAA